ACAGUGUUGUAUUCCCAGCCAAUCAGAUAGUAAAGAGUGUGUACGCUGUAGUUGCCGCACAGACAUGGCUACACAUGCAGGAGUACUGGUGCUAUAACCUUGAUUGAGCAGCUUCUUCGUUUGAGACAAGCCUAAAAGAGCAACAUGCAGGCUGCUAUGGAUAUCACGGCAAAGUACUGCCAUAAAGAAAUGGAGGCAUAUGGGUCAUGUGUGGCCAACAACCCAUCAACAUGGCAGUCAAAGUGUUAUGACCUGAAGAUGCAGGUUGCACAGUGCACAUCAUCCCACCCAGUGAUCCAGAAGAUCAGACAGGAUUGUUCCCCGGAGUUUGUGCAAUUUGAGCGCUGUCUGAGAGAAAACCAAGACAAACCUACCUCCUGCUCUCCACAUGUGGCUCGUUUUCUGGGUUGUGCAGAGACAGUAGACCUCAGAGGAGUAGCUGCCGAUCCAGUACCUCAGCCAUCGUAGCAUUCAGACAUCUUCCAUCACCUUCCAACUAUUCUCCCCAGCAGCACUGGUUUCAUGUGUCCCAGUCGUUUCACUGUAUGAACAGUGACUGUUAGCAUAUCUGUUUUCCUCUGUAUGACUACAGUCAUGGAAAAAAUAAUAGACCACCCUUUUUCUUCAAUUUCUAGUUCAUUUUAAUGCCUGGUACAACUAAAGGUACAUUUGUUUCUGACAAAAAAAAUGAUAACAAAAAAACUCAUAAGAGUUUAAUUUUAGAGCUAAUUUAUUGCCAUUUGUCAUGGUUUUCUUGAUAACCAAAAUCAUUAUCAAGAAAACCUUGGAAAAUGGCUAGAUAUCAGCUCAUGAAUUAAACUAAUUUUAACUAAUAUUUGUCAGAAACAAAUGCACCUUUAGUUAGGUGGUCUAAUAUUUUUUUCCAUGACUAUAAAUGUCUUUCUUCAACAUAUACAUAGGAGAUUAAUGCAUCAGUACUGUGAAUUAAACAUUUAAAUACUGCAUUUUUCUUCUUCAUGUACUCCUUAUGUAAAUGCUAUGUUCAUGUGAAAAUAACAUUUAAACUUGCCUGUGUGCAGGAAGUCUGUUUUUUUACAGAUUUUUAUUGAACCAUGUUGUAUUUCUCAUCCGGUGUGAUCAUCCUCUAUUUUCUGUUGGUUAUGUCUGUCCCUCCCACCCUUGCCCUCUUCAGGUCUGACUCAGAGUCAAAUAUUAAACUGGAAUGUAUCGCUCCCACAUAAACUCUCCUGACUACUCAAUGACUGAGAAAUAGGGAGUCUGGGAAGAAAGGAGAAGGAGGAGGCUGUCCACUUCUAAUCAGCAGGACUACAGAGAGAGACAGAGGG